UUUUUCAGUGUUAAGUAUGGCCAAACAAAUGUCAUCUGAUAAGAAAGAUCCGCUUUUGUCACGUGAUAUAUUAAUGCGUCCUUCUUCUGAAAGUGCGUGCUUCGUUUUAACUCGCUACCCGUAUCUUUCUGCCAUACUUCUAAUGAUAAUAACGGGUGAGCAAUCAAAAACAACUGACUUGAAUGAAAGAAAAUAUUACAUUUAUGUUCACGUAGGUCUUUAUUUUGUGUCAGCAACAUUGAUGGCUUAUAAUUUGUUUGGACUAAAAAAGUUGUUCGCUUUAGUCAAUGUUUUUCAUACAAUUAUUGUUACUUGCUUAGAAUACGAACCAUCUAGGCACGGCGAGCAUAUUGCGAUCCGGUUAUUAAUUCGAAAUUUUGGCAUUAUUGGUUGUUAUUUAAUGGUUGCUGGCGGUUUAGGUGAAACAAAUGAAAAACUGUUGCCUAACAAAAAUCUUAUGUCGUUUGGCAUUAGAAUUAUUGGUGCAUUCUCUAUUUUAUCAGCUGUUCUAAUUUGGAAUAGUAAAGAAGAAUUACAAAUAUAUUUGCAGGCGUUACCAACUGGAACUUUACUAGUGUAUGCAAUUAUAUUUCCGCUGGUUAUAUGUGGUGUUUGCAUUUAUAGUGGAUAUCAUGUAGUAUUGACUUGCAAGGUAUUAACGUUACUGCUGCUAAUUAUUACUUUGAUAGAUUUCGCUCAUAUCUCUUCCAAUUUUAAACAGAGUAUUAGUUGGGUUUCCAUUUAUGUUACCUGUCGUCAUAUACCAAUAAUGGGUGCUCUUCUUUUAGUUAAUAAAUCGUAUUAAAAAAAUAAAAUAUUGAUCGAAGUUGUGAACAUUAAAUUUUGUACUUUUAUGUUUGCAUAGAAUAUCAGUUCAUACAGUAUCUUAAUGCACAAUAAUAGUUGACAUUUUGCACAAAAUAUCGUUUGACUUUAAUUUUUAUAUUUGAACGCAAAAUUAGGUGAAACCAUGCAUGCA